AAGGUAUAAACCCUUUGCAGAAGCGUAGGAAGCAAACAGUAGCAUUUCUGGAAAUUAAGAUUUUUUCUCCAAGUAGUAAACGUUCCGUGUAAAUUCUCGCCCAACCAUGCAGAUCAUCCUGGUGACCCUUCUCCUGGUGGCAUGUGCCAGCGCCAAUGUCAUUCGUGAACGCCGACAACUGACCGGUGGCAGUGCCAGCUGCACGGCUGCGCAGCAAGCGCAGUGCGGCUCGGCGCAGUGUCAGAACAACGGCAACCAGAAUACUCAGGUGUUGAGCGGUGGCAACAGCGGUGGUGGUGGCCUUCUCAGUCUGGUGCCCAUCAACGCCCUCAACGGUGCCGGUGUCCAGGUGCCGGUCAACGCCAAUGUCUGCCCGCCGGUGUCGGUGUGUAACACGUGUCUGGGUCUCAACAUCCUUGGUUAAACCGUUGCAAAUAUAUAGUGACCUUCUGUGAAUGGCGCUUCAUGUUUCGGUUAUCCUGUUCUUUUUACUGGUAUCGGUUAACUGGGUUUCCGGUUGAUUGAUCUAAUUUAUACUGCACUAAUAAUGAUUUGCCAAAUAUUUGCGGGAAGCUUUGUCAUUUGAACUUCAGUUCAUUCAUAGUAUUAUAAUGUGGAAAAUAAACUGAAGGAUACGA